AUGAAGAAGGGCAGAAAGGCUCUGCAGUGUCUCCUUUCAGUUCUUCUUGCCUUCCUGCCUUCUGCUUCUUCAUUCUAUGGACAACCGAAGUUUAUGGCGCUGGUUCCUUCCCAGCUCCGCACUGAGACCCCUGAGAAAAUCUGCCUCCAUCUAUACCAACUGAGUGAGCCAGUGACUGUGAAAGCAUCCUUGCAGUUUAGCUGGGGAAGCAGAAGUCUCUUCAAUGAUCUUGUGGUUGACAAGGACAUGUUCCAUUGCGUCUCCUUCACUCUCCCCAGAGUCUCAUCUUCUGAGGAGAAGGUGUCCCUCUCUGUCCAUGUCAAAGGACCAAAACACGAAUUCAGCAAAACGAAUGUGGUGAUGGUGAAGAACCAAGAAAGUGUUGUCUUUGUCCAGACAGACAAACCCAUGUACAAACCAGGACAGCCAGUUAAAUUUCGUGUUGUCGCUAUGGAUACAAAUCUGCACCCACUGAAUGAGUUGUUUCCUCUGGCUUACAUUGAGGACCCGAAAACAAAUCGCAUCAUGCAGUGGCGGGAUAUUAACACAGAGAACGGGCUCAAGCAACUGUCCUUCAGCCUGUCAUCUGAGCCCAUUCUAGGCUCCUACAAAAUAGUGCUACAAAAACAAUCAGGAGUGAAGAAAGAGCACUACUUCACCGUGGAAGAAUUUGUCCUUCCCAGAUUUGAAGUUCGAGUAAAGGUCCCGAAGGCCAUUUUCAUUAAAGAUGAAAAAUUGAACGUGACUGUGUGUGGAGUAUACACCUAUGGGAAGCCUGUACCAGGACAUGUAAAGAUACGUACGUGCCAUAAAUACCAGCAGUACCGCAGGCAGAUAGAGACUCAAUGCAGAGAGUCCAGUUACCAGCUAGACAAUAAUGGCUGCAGCACACAAGAAGAAGACAUCACUGAGCUUCAAUUAAAGGAAAAAACAUUUGAAGACCAGUAUCUUCAUGUGAAUGCAAAGAUUACAGAAGAAGGGACAGGAUUGGAGUUCAGUGGAUCUGGAUCAACUAAAAUUGAAAGAGCAGCAAUCAAACUCAUAUUUGUGAAAGCAGAUUCACACUUUAAACAAGGGAUUCCAUUCAUUGUGAAAGUCCGCCUAGUAGAUGUCAAGGGAGCUCCCAUCCCAAAUGAAGAAGUCUUCAUCAAACCCCGGGAACUUGACUACACCAAUGUAACGACCACUGAUCAGCAUGGCCUGGCAGAGUUCUCUAUCAACACCACCAACUUUGAUAAGCAUUCUCUCACUAUCAAAGUCUACCACAAGGAACAAAGUUCGUGUUUCCAUGAGCUUUGCCUAAAUGAACACACAGAGUCACUCCAUGUGGCUCAUAGUGUUUACUCCUUCAGCCGGAGCUAUAUCCACCUAGAAAAGGACGCUGGCGUCUUACCCUGCAGUCAGACUCACAAAGUUCGGGUGCAUUUUCUUGUGAAGGGUCGAGUCAUAAUUACGAUGAGAGACCUUACUUUUUAUUACCUGGUCAAGGCCAAGGACAGCAUUAUCCAGACUGGAAGCCACACUCAAAGCAUGGAGCCUGAAAAAUCUCCAGUAAAAGGAGACUUUGACCUACAGAUCCCUGGGGAGUUGAGCAUGGCUCCUGUGAUUAGCGUACUCGUCUACACCAUCUUUCCUAAUGGAGAAAUAAUUGCAGAUUCUGCAAAAUAUUAUGUUGAAAAGUGUCUUCUCAACAGAGUGGAUCUGAUCUUCACCCCAGCCCGAAGUCUUCCAGCCUCACAGGUCCAUCUGCAGGUCAGAGCUUCUCCUCUGUCCCUCUGUGGCCUGAGGGCUGUGGACCAAAGUGUGCUGCUUCUGAGACCUGAAGCUGAGCUCUCCCCUUCCUGGAUAUACAACCUGCCAGAAAUGCGGCAAACUGAAUUCAUUCCAACUCUAGACCAACUAUUUCAAGAGCUAGAACCGUGUGUUGAGACUAACAAGCCCACAGAUGAAGUCUUAUUGCACCCAGAUGAGAAGGAUGUCUACCAUUAUGUGAAGGACAUGGGCUUAAAGGCAUUCACCAACUUGAAGAUCAAACAUCGUAAAUUUUGUCUUCCACUUCCUGACCUCUGUAUGGACUUUUGCAUUGUGUGGAUUUCUGAUCCAAGAGUUUGUACCUAUACCCCUUUCAUGCCUUCUCUGGGAUUCGAUGAUGUGACUAACAAAGGAGACUCAAGAACCAUGCCCGAAGUAGGACAUGAAGAUCUAGCCACUGAGACAAUUCGAAAAUAUUUUCCCGAAACUUGGAUCUGGGAUUUAGUCACAGUAAACUCAUCUGGAGUGACUGAAAUGGAGGUGACAGUCCCUGACACCAUCACUGAGUGGAAGGCUGGAGCCCUCUGCCUGUCCAAUGACACUGGCCUUGGCCUCUCUCCUGUGGUAUCUCUCCAAGCCUUCCAGCCCUUCUUCGUGGAGCUCACGAUGCCCUACUCUGUGAUCCGUGGAGAAGCCUUCACACUCAAGGCCACUGUGUUCAACUACCUCCCUACAUGCAUCCGGGUGGGUGUGCUGCUCGAAGACUCCCCUGAUUUCACAGCUGUCCCAGUGGCAAAAGACCAAGAUUCUCACUGCCUCUGUGCCAAUGGGAGGCACACCGCAUCCUGGUUGGUAACUCCCAAGUCAUUAGGGAAUGUGAACUUCUCUGUGACUGCGGAAGCACAACAGUCCCCAGAGCCUUGUGGUUCUGAGGUGGCCACAGUUCCUGAAACCGGGAAAAAGGACACAGUUGUCAAAGUCCUGAUAGUUGAGCCCGAAGGAAUUAAGAAGGAACAUACCUUCAGUUCACUGCUCUGUGCAUCAGGUGAGAAUCCUUCAAAACAACAUUUCUUCAAAACACAAACAAAGCCUUCCAUUCCAGGCUAUCAGAGAGAACUGAACUACAAACACAAGGAUGGCUCCUAUAGCAGCUUUGGUGAUCAAGAUGGCCAGAGCGAAGGAAACACUUGGCUCACAGCCUUUGUGCUCAAGUCUUUUGCCCAAGCUCGAGCCUUCAUCUUUGUCGAUGAAACACACAUCACCCAUGCCUUCACCUGGCUGUCCCAGCAGCAGCAGGACAACGGCUGUUUUAGGAGCUCUGGAUCGAUGUUCAACAACGCCAUGAAGGGUGGAGUAAAGGAUGAAGUGACCCUCUCUGCCUAUAUUACCAUUGCCUUUCUAGAGAGUUCAAUCCCAGACACACAUCCCGUUGUCUCCAAAGCCCUGACCUGCCUAGAGUCAUCCUGGAAAACAAUACAGCAAGGGGGAAACGACAACUUGGUGUACACCAAGGCUCUGCUAGCCUAUGCUUUUGCUCUGGCAGGGAACCAGGAUAAGAGAAAUGAAAGCUAUCAGAGAGAACUGAACUACAAACACAAGGAUGGCUCCUAUAGCAGCUUUGGUGAUCAAGAUGGCCAGAGCGAAGGAAACACUUGGCUCACAGCCUUUGUGCUCAAGUCUUUUGCCCAAGCUCGAGCCUUCAUCUUCAUCGAUGAAAAACACAUCACCCAUGCCUUCACCUGGCUGUCCCAGCAGCAGCAGGACAACGGCUGUUUUAGGAGCUCUGGAUCGCUGUUCAACAAUGCCAUGAAGGGUGGAGUAAAGGAUGAAGUGACCCUCUCUGCCUAUAUUACCAUUGCCUUUCUAGAGAGUUCAAUCCCAGACACACAUCCCGUUGUCUCCAAAGCCCUGACCUGCCUAGAGUCGUCCUGGAAAACAAUACAGCAAGAGGGAAAUGGCAACUUUGUGUACACCAAGGCACUGCUAGCCUAUGCUUUUGCUCUGGCAGGGAACCAGGAUAAGAGAAAUGAAAUCAUGAAAUCACUUGAUAAUGAAGCUAUAAAAGAAGAAAACUCCAUCCAUUGGGAAAGACCUCAGAAACCCAUGCAAUCAGAGAGGUCUCUGUACAAACCGCAGGCUCCCUCUGCUGAAGUGGAGAUGAACGCCUAUGUCCUCCUCACUCUCCUCACUGCCCAGCCAGCCCCAACUCCUGAGGACCUGGAUGUGGCAGUACGCAUCGUGAAGUGGCUCACAAAGCAGCAGAAUCCCCAGGGUGGCUUCUCUUCCACACAGGACACUGUGGUGGCUCUCCAUGCUUUGUCCAAGUAUGGGGCAGUUACUUUUGCUGGAAGUCAGAAAACUCCUUCAGUCACCAUCCAAUCUUCAGGGACAUUUUCCAGAAUAUUCCAAAUAGAGAGCAGCAAUCGACUGUUACUGCAGCAGGUCUUACUACCAGACAUCCCUGGGGACUAUGACAUCAAUGUGUCAGGGGAAGGAUGUGUGUAUGCUCAGACAACACUGAGGUACAACGUGCAAUUGGAGAAACAGGAGUCUGCAUUCACACUGAGGGUGCAGACCUUGCCUCUGACAUGUGGUAACCCUGAAGGCCACAACAGCUUCCAGAUAUCACUAGAAAUAAGUUACACAGGGAGCCGCCCAGCAUCCAACAUGGUGAUUGUUGAUGUGAAGAUGGUGUCUGGUUUCAUCCCCUUGAAACCAACAGUGAAAAAGCUUGAAAGAUCAGAACAUGUUAGCAAAACGGAAAUGAGCACCAACAAGGUCUUGUUAUAUGUGGAUCAGGUGACCAAUCAGACACUGACCUUCUCCUUCGUCAUUCAACAAGACAUCCCAGUAAGGAACCUGCAGCCUGCCAUUGUGAAAGUCUAUGACUACUAUGAGACAGAUGAAGUGGUCUUUGCCGAAUACAGCGCCCCCUGCAGCUCAGGUGAGCACCUAGCAUUCCUUGCCACAAGCCUACCUCUGGCUUCCUUCACUCCAAAACUACCCAAAACUUUUGUUAGAUGA